UCUGGCACUAACAGGACAAGUGCUCGUGCCAAUUGGACCCCUCCGUUUAUCCCGGCUGAUGUGGGGAAGGCCAUUCUAAUUGCCAUCCUCCUCAUCCUAUUGACCUUCGGCUGCUGGCUCCUUGCCCCCUUGGUAUGGGCCACCCUGACUUCAGCCCUGAAUGCUAUCACUAUGACCCUGAACCGAUCUGUCAUCACCCCAACUCCGCCACCUCUCUUCACUAUGCCACCUGUCAAGGCUAUGGAGGGAGCUUCGGUAUUGCAUUCUGCUCUGGAAGCCAAGAUGAACACCAUCCUGAGAGAAAUUGAAAUUCUUAAGAAGAAGGAACACCAGCAGAAAUUUGUAACCGAGAUGGUAGAGAGACUGCAGACAGACUUGGCAGACGUGAGAACAGACAUGAGGGAUGUGAGAGUGAGAGUGGACAGUGUGAAUCCAUUGGAUUGGGAGCAUCGUUUGAGCGAGCAGACAGCCGGCUUCAUCAGUCAGGUGGGCGAGCUGAAGGACCAACACACACACGUCAAGCAGCGAGUCGCUGCCCUGGAGGACCAGAGUGCCACGCUGGGGAAGCAGGUCUACUCUGUUCAGAACCAGCCUCCUCCAGCUCCCAACGCCAACACACACCUGACCCCUGAGCUCGAAGAGGCCAUGGCCAAAUGGCUGCAUGAGAAUGAGCCACGGAUGGUGAAAGAGGUUGUGAAGAACUGCAGUCCCCUAUUGGCUGACAGGAUGCCGGACUUUGCCUUGGAGUCCCAAGGUGCCAGUGUUGUGAGCACACGGUGUUCCGAGACGUGCCGUACCCGCUCGGCAUGCGUGUCCUUCCUGGGUGUACCCCUCUGGUACCCCUCUGAGAACCCCCGCACUGUUAUCCAGGGUCAGGCGGUGCAAGCUGGGAAGUGCUGGGCGUUCUACGGAGCGCAGGGCACCCUGGUCAUCGCCCUAUCUCAUCCUGCCCACAUCACCCAUGUCACACUGGAGCACCUCCCGGUCUCCAACGCGCCCACCGGACGCAUCGACAGCGCGCCCAAGGCCUUCUCUGUCUACGGUAUGUCCACUGAGACAGAAGACGGCACCUGGCUGGGAACCUUCACUUAUGACCAGCAUGGAGGGGCAAUCCAGACCUUCCAACUGCCUAAUCCUACCAGGGCCAUCUAUUAUUUUGUGGAGCUGCGCGUUCUGAGUAACUGGGGUCACCUGGAGUACACAUGCGUGUACCGCUUCCGUGUGCACGGACACAUGGCCUCCUCCUCCAAGUGAGAGACGUUCAUCGUCCACCUCAACCACAGACCCCCGAGGCUUCGCUUUCAUAUCAGAGCAACGUUCUUUUUGCAUCUCAACAUUAUGACGGACCAUUCUAAAUAAAUUUCUUUAUUUGGCGUAAUCAGGAUGGCUUCCUAAACUGGCUUCUGCCGGGUGUGAGGUUAGAGGUCUGCAAGGUUUUGUUACAAUUUGCAGUUUCAUUUCUGGCAGAGGUAUUGACCUGGCUAAUAGGAGUGUGGGGAUGGGUUUUUCAGAGUUUCAAAUUGAACUUGUGUGUGUGUGUGUGUGUGUGUGUGUGUGUGUGUGUGUGUGUGUGUGUGUGUGUGUGUGUGUGUGUGUGUGUGUGUGUGUGUGUGUGUGUGUGUGCUUUUGAGCAUUGAUUAUUUGUUUGCAUUUUAACGCCCAGCCACAGCGGACAAAGAUUUCAGAUUGUGCUUUGUGUGUUUGUGACAAUCCCUCCUGGGUUACUGGGCUCUUUAUUUUGUUUAAUUUCAUCUGUCUUAAAAUGAUAUACAAAGGUUUAAUUAUGGUUAAAAAGAACGUUGUUGGAUGUAUAUAUUGCAAGAAUCAAGAUGUAUUGUUCAUUAUUUUAUUAGUCCGAUAAGAA